AUUUGAUUUUCAGGAUAGAAUAGCCGUACAUUACACAAUGGCACACCACACAUGGGUUUUAAGGUUUUUGCUACCUUUCGAAAUUGCUGACAUUGUCGCACUAUGGCAUACCUAUCGAGUUCCUAUCAUCAUCACGACUUUCUCAAUCCUUAUAAUCCUCCGAACAAUUCUACACCUCCGGGUACCUAGAGUCAAAGUUUCUGAUACGCCACCGCUUUCGCCAAAGCUCCCAGCAGAAAAAGAGAAAGUUCCCAUCGAGGAAAGGAAUGUUGUGGCAGAAAAGGUUCCGAAAAGGAUAGUGGGAGGUCUGAAAAAGAAGAAAUCUUCUCAGGACGAGAAUCCGUCGACUAUCCAGAAUGCCCAGGUACUGGUAUUCUUCUCGUCGCUGACUGGAACCACUGAGAAGACGGCGAAAGUCUUGACAGAAGGCUUGGCACAAAGCACCAAGGAGCUUUCGAAAUCCACGUCCACCACAUUUCUCGAACCACAAUUGCUUGAUCUAUCAUACAUAGAUUACGACGACUACUUCAUCACGCCUCCAAAAUCAGAAGAGAAUACACAGUACUUCUACAUUCUCCUCAUUCCGACAUUCAAUAUCGAUACUGUCCUUGACAAUUUCCUCGAGCAUUUACAAGAAACACAUAAUGAUUUCAGGAUAGACACCGCGCCAUUAUCAUCCUUGCUUGGAUACUCAGUCUUUGGAUUUGGAGAUAGGGAAGGAUGGCCCACCGAGGAAGAGGGGUUCUGCUCACAGGCGAGAGAAGUUGACAAAUGGCUAGCCAAGCUUACCGGGCGGAAAAGAGCUUUUCCUUUGGGGAUGGGAGACUCGAAAGUUGAUGCUACAGAGCGGCUUCAAGAGUGGAAAGAAGGCGUGGAAGAUGUCUUGGCAAAUAUUGCCACCACAGGCGGACUUGGAGAGGGAGUGGUAGGGAGCGGAGAUGCUGUGGAGAGUGAUGUAGGGGACUUAGAUGACGAGGACGAAGUGCUUUUCGAAGAGCAGAAAGUUGCUCAACGGAAGACGAAAGCACAAAAGAAAGACACGCUGAACGACCUUGAGGACAUCGGCAGCACUCUCAACCAAAUUACAGCCGACAAUUCAGAACCUCUUGAGAUGGAUUUCACGACUUACAGCAAGAAAGCUCGAUCUGCCCCAACCACAGUGACCAAAGAAAUGGUCCCCAAAAAUUCUCCGACCUACACAGCUCUCACCAAACAAGGCUAUUCCAUAGUUGGCUCUCACUCUGGUGUCAAAAUCUGUCGUUGGACCAAGUCUGCCCUCCGAGGCCGAGGUUCAUGCUAUAAAUACAGCUUCUAUGGCAUUGCCUCACACCAAUGUAUGGAGACCACACCAUCCUUAUCUUGCUCCAAUAAGUGCGUCUUUUGCUGGCGACAUGGCACCAACCCCGUCGGCACAACCUGGCGCUGGGUCGUCGAUCCCCCAGACCUAAUCUUCGAAGGUGUAAAAGCCGGCCACUACAAAAAGAUAAAGAUGAUGCGCGGCGUCCCCGGAGUUCGAUCCGAGAGAUUCGCAGAAGCAAUGAGAAUCAGACAUUGUGCUCUAAGUCUAGUAGGAGAACCAAUCUUCUACCCACACAUCAACGAAUUCACAGCCAUGCUCCACAAAGAACACAUCUCCUCUUUCCUGGUCUGCAACGCCCAACACCCAGACCAACUGCGAGCCCUCCAACCAGUCACACAACUCUACGUCAGCAUCGACGCCUCGAACCGUGAAUCCCUCCGCAAAAUCGACCGCCCCCUGCACCGCGACUUCUGGGAGCGCUUCCAAGCCUGUCUCGAGAUCCUGCGCGAGAAACGCUUCCAGCAGCGCACAGUCUUCAGAUUAACCCUCGUCAAGGGCUUCAACAUCGACGACGAAGCAGAAGGCUACGCGGACCUGAUCGAAAAAUCGCUCCCCUGCUUCGUCGAGAUAAAAGGCGUCACAUACUGCGGCACCUCGUCCUCGGCUGGCGCUGGCCUGACCAUGCAAAACGUCCCCUUCUACACCGAAGUCUGCGCCUUUGUCGAAGCUUUAAACUCCUCCUUAAAUCGUCGCGGCCUCGGAUAUGGCAUUGCGGCGGAACACGCACAUAGUUGCUGCGUGCUGAUUGCGAGUGAGCGGUUCAAGGUCGACGGGAAAUGGAGGACGAGGAUCGAUUACGGGAGGUUUUUUGAGUGUUUGGAGAGUGGCAGGCAGUUUAGGCCAGAGGAUUAUAUGGGCGAGGAGACGCCGGAGUGGGCGUGUUGGGGGAAUGGGGGGUUUGAUCCCCGGGAUGAAAGGGUGGAUCGGAAGGGGAGGAGGAAGGUUUUGCCUGUUGCUACUGCUGGGGAGGAGGCUUGUGGUGGUGGUGGUGGUGGUGAAGGGGAAGCUUGUGCGAUGGAGAGUAGAGACGAGUAG